UGGCGUCACGUGUUCUCCCAGCUUCCGGUCGAAGUGUAAAUGGAUACAUGACACAGUUGUUUGGAGGAGAGCUAUCUUUUGGAAACCCGUCAACGUCCACAAAACUACCGACGUGGUUUUGACAUCGUAACGGCUGACAGUCGGCUGUAGAGUCGGCCGCGAUGGAGGCGGUCCCCCGGAUGCCGAUGAUCUGGCUGGAUCUGAAGGAGGCUGGGGAGUUCCAGUUCAGCCCGGCCGUCAGGCAGUUCAUCUUGAAGAAUUAUGGAGAGAAUCCGGACAACUACAAUGAACAGCUGAAGAAACUGGAGACGCUGCGGCAGAGCGCGGUGAAUGUGACGAGGGAUUUCGAGGGAUGCAGCACGCUGAGGAAGUACUUCGGCCAGCUGCACUACCUCCAGAGCCGAGUGCCCAUGGGAACGGGCCAGGAAGCCUCCGUACCCAUCUCAUGGACUGAAAUCUUCUCUGGAAAAACAGUCACCCAUGAUGACAUCAGCUAUGAGCAGGCCUGCAUCCUCUACAAUCUUGGGGCCUUGCACUCUAUGUUGGGAGCCAUGGAUAACAGGGUGUCCGAGGAGGGGAUGAAGGUGUCGUGCACACACUUCCAGUGCUCGGCGGGGGCGUUUUCCUACCUGAGAGACCAUUUCAGCCACAACUUCAGCGUCGACAUGAGCCACCAGAUCCUUAACCUCAACAUCAACCUCAUGCUGGGCCAGGCUCAGGAGUGUCUUCUGGAGAAGUCCAUGCUGGACAACAGGAAAAGUUUUCUUGUUGCUCGCAUCAGUGCUCAGGUGGUGGAUUACUAUAAAGAGGCCUGCAGGGCUCUGGAGAACUCGGAGACGGCGUCUAUGCUGGGGAAGAUUCAGAAAGACUGGAAGAAACUGGUUCAGAUGAAGAUCUACUACUUUGCUGCUAUUGCACAUCUUCACAUGGGAAAACAGGCCGAGGAGCAGCAGAAGUACGGAGAGAGGUUGGCGUAUCUGCAGAGCUCUUUGGACAAGCUAAGUGAAGCCAUCAAGCUAGCCAAGGGUCAACCUGACAGUGUGCAAGAGGCUUUGAGGUUCACCAUGGAUGUUAUCGGGGGAAAGUUUAAUUCAGCCAAAAAGGACAAUGACUUCAUCUAUCAUGAGACGGUUCCUUCUCUGGAGACUCUGGCCUCAGUUAAAGGUGCCCCCCUGGUGAAAGCUCUACCAGUGAACCCCACAGACCCCACUGUUACUGGACCAGACCUGUUUGCCAAGUUGGUACCAAUGGCUGCACAUGAGGCUUCUUCACUGUACAGUGAGGAGAAAGCCAAACUGCUGAGGGACGUCAUGGUCAAGAUUGAGAGCAAGAAUGAAACACUAGAACAGUUCAUGGACUCUCUGGGCUUGGAGCCGGAGUCUGUUGACAACCUGGACAUGUACAGCCACAUCCCUCCGGUCCUGAUGGAGAAGUGUGCUGCUCUCAGUGUCCGACCAGACACCGUCAAGAGCCUCAUCCAGUCUAUGCAGGGGCUGUCGGGUGUCUUCACUGACGUGGAGUCGUCACUGAGAGAGAUCAGAGACGUGCUGGAGGCAGACGAGGCUGGCGAGCGAGCCCUCCAGGAGGCUGGCGGUCCUGCUGCAGGCGAGGUGCACACAGCGGCCCAGGCUCUGGCUGAGAUCCGCAGGGACCUGGAGAAGUACAUGGAGGCCCAUGAGAAGGCAAGUUUCACCAACACAGAGCUCCACCGGGCCAUGAACCUUCACAUCAGCAACCUGCGUCUGCUCGGGGGGCCACUGGAAAGUCUGAAAGAAGCCCUGCCCCGGCCCCAGCUCAAUGAAGAGGAGGUUGCAGGGCUGCAGUGUAUGAAGCGGAUACUGGGGAAAGUGCAGGAAAUGAGGGAACAGAGAGGCUCUUUAGAAAAACAGCUCCGCGACCUCAUCCAGCAGGAUGACAUCACCUCUACCCUCGUUACCACAGAGAGGGCAGACAUGAAGCGUAUAUUUGAGGAGCAGCUGAAGAAGUACGAGCAGGUGAAGGUGUAUAUUGACCAGAACCUGGCAGCUCAGGAGAACAUCCUGAAGGCCCUGACUGAAGCCAACGUCCAAUAUGCCUCAGUACGUAAGGGCCUGAGCCAGACUGAGCAGCAGUGGAAUGGCACUGUGCAGGGACUGGUGGGCUCGUACGAAGCUUAUGAGGAUCUGAUGAAGAAGUCACAGGAGGGAAAGGAGUUCUACGAGGAUCUGGAGGCCAAAGCAUCACGUCUGCUGGAGAGAGCGAAGACACUUUGUCAGACGAGGGCAGAAGAGAGGAAGCCUGUCCUAGAAAAAGAGACCCAGAAGAAGCCCCCAGCACGGCCUACAGCAGCUAAACCGUCCUUGAAGCCAAAAGCAUCAGACGUCGACUCUGCCUGCUCUAGCCUGGAUGACCCAGAGUUGGCUCAGCUUAGUGCAGCCAUCUUGGCCUUGGGGGGUGACCUACCGGAGGAGCUCCGCAGCCUACCCCCUGACAUUCCUUCCUUCCCCACCUCUGCAGCUCAUUUGCCAGGCCCUGAAGCCUUCAUCCCGCCUACUGCAAACCUGGGCGGCAGCAGCUCCCUGCCUUGGCCUGGUGCUCCAGCUGCUGGUCUUCCUCGCUUCCCUGCCAACCUUCCCCCACCAGAGCUCCUGGCAAGGAUUGCUCAGUUUCCUAUGUCUGGGGGUCUUGGAGCUCAGGGACCUCUGCCACGGGGACCACUCCCUCAAAUGCCUCCACAGAUGCCUCCACAAAUGCCAAACCAGGCAGCUGUGCCAGGUUAUCGGCCACCCCUUCCUCACGCCCCCCAACCUAGGCCUGUCGCCCCUGCCCCAGUCAGGCCCUCAACCACCACUGUGGAUAGCAUUCAGGCCCCUAUCCCCAGUUACACCCCGUCACCACACCACCCAGUCCCUCCUGCAGCCUCAACUGGCUACACUGUACCCCCACAGAUGGGGGCAUACCCCCAUUUCAUUCCCCAACAAGGAAUGCCCAUUCAUGGCCUGCCACAAACGCCUGCAUCCCAACCACAACAGCAGAAACAGCAGCAGUACCCUCAGCCCAUCGGGCAACCACUGCCUCAGGGAUAUCAGCCUGGACCGAGGGCUGUUCCUGGCCCUCAACCUCCUCUCCAAACCCAGCAGGCCUAUCCACAUGGAUACAUGCCCCCUCAGCCUGGUGUUCCUCCCCAGUACCAGCAGGUGUUCCCAGGCCAGCUGCAACCACACCAACAAAAUGGCUAUCAGCACCGGCCUCAGAUACCCCAGGGCUACCAGCCUCCACAGGGCUAUGUACCCCAGCAGCACCCUCAGAUGAUGCCAGGCUCCAUGGCGAGACCACCUCAAACUGUACAUCCACAAAUGCCCCCGACCUCUCAGCCAGCACCCCCUGCAUCUCAGUCCUACAUGCCCCAUCCCAACCAACAAAUGCCCCAUCCUAACCAACAAAUGCCCCCUCGACUUCCUCACCAACACAUGCUGCCCCCACAGCAACAAAUCUCAAUGCCUCCUAAUGCUCAGCAGCUUCCACCCCACCCACACAUGCAGAUGCCAGGUGGACCCAGAGCACAAAUGCCCCCUACAAGUCAGCCAAUGCCUCCAGUCUCACAGAACUACAUGCCCCCCACCAGCCACCCCAUCCAUCCUGCCAUGCACCCACAGUUGCCUCCUGCCUCACAACCUCACAUGGUCCCAGGUCCUCAGGUCCACCUACCAAGGGGUCCAAUGCCACAGGUGGCCCCCAGUGCACUACACCCCCAUCCUGGACAGCCUCCUUUACCAAAUAUGCCCCAGCAGCCCAUGCAGAUGCCCAGCCAACCCCAAACUCAGCCCCCUCACUCUGGUGGAGUGUGCUACCCUGGAGGGGCUCCAAUGAUGCCUCAGCAGCCGCUGGCACCCCAGCCUGCAGCUCCCCAACAACCUCAGGCUCCUGUCCCCAUGACCCAUCAACAGCCCCCCACUAUGUACCCUUCAGCUCCAGGAGCUAAUGUACCUCCAAGUGCCCCACAGCAGCCUGCCGCCAUUGGCCCACAUGGUCCACAUGUUCCCCCCGCUCAGCACAUAGUCCAACCCUCUCCUGGAGCUCCUUCAGUGGCUCAACCACCCAACGCUGUUCCUCCUUCCCCUUCACCUUCCCCCUCCCCAUCUCCCUCUCCAGGUCCUUCCUCUUUGGGUCUGAACCCUCAGCAAAGACCUACACCAACCCCAACCCCUGGCGGAACAGCUCCACCCACUCUCCCCUCUCCCUCUGCUGUGUCUCCCUCCACAUCGCUGUUUCAGCGCCAGAACUCAAGCACAGAUGACCUCCUCUCUUCCAGCCCUGAGAGCCAACCUGGAGGCACCACAGCCCCCACCAAUGUCCUCCAACCCACUAAAGCUGACCCACAGGAUGGGGAGCGUCGGAAGAAGAGCUCACAGGCAGUUCUCCUGAUCCAGGGUGAUCCAUACCAAGCUCCAGAGCGCGUUGCCCGUCUUCAUGGUCAACUGGAACGUUAUAGAGCCCAGGUAGAUUCCCUGGAGCACCCGUCCGAGAACGAGGGUGGCCUAUCUGUGCUGGAUGCCCGCUGGAAAGAGCUUCAGGACCAGCAGGAGAAGGACGCUCGCCAGCUCUCGAUUGCCAUAGCCCGCUGCUACACCAUGAAGAACCGUCACCAGGAUGUCAUGCCCUAUGAUCUCAACCGCGUGGUGUUGCAGUCAGGCAAAGACGACUACAUCAACGCCAGCUAUGUGGAGGACUUGUCACCAUACUGCCCACGCCUUAUUGCCACGCAGGCACCGCUCACCGGCACAGCUGCAGACUUCUGGCUGAUGGUGUACGAGCAGAAGGUGUCUCUGAUAGUGAUGCUGGUUUCAGAGCAGGAGCUGGAAAAGGGAAAGGUUGUGCGCUACUUCCCAACAGAGCGCGGCCAGCCGCUCUCUCAGGGACCAAUCACACUCAGCCUAACCACACAGAAGACAACGCCGACACACGUGGAGCGCAUGAUCAGUCUGCAGUACCGCGACCAAAGCCUGAAACGCACUGUUGUCCAUCUCCAGUUCACCUCCUGGCCGGAGCUGGGUCUUCCUGACAGCAAGAGCAACCUGCUGCGCUACAUCCAGGAGGUUCAUGGACACUACCUCCACCAGAGGCCCUUACACACACCUGUCGUGGUGCACUGCAGCUCGGGUGUGGGACGCACCGGCGCCUUCUGUCUGUUGUACGCAGCACUGCAGGAGCUGGAGGCAGGAAACGGGAUCCCAGACCUUCCACUGCUGGUGAAGAAGAUGAGACAACAGAGGAAGAACAUGCUGCAGGAGAAGCUCCACCUGAAGUUCUGCUAUGAAGCCGUGUUGAAGCACGCUGAGCAGGUCCUUCAGAGACACGGCAUCACCACCGCCACCUGCAGCAAGAGCACCAACGCUGCAGCCACAAAGCCUUACUCGAGACAGGAGUCGCAGCAGGAUAUUGUCCUCGGUGGCGACAUGCCAAUCAGCUCCAUCCAAGCCACCAUCGCCAAGCUCAGCAUCCGGCCGCCCAGCGCCACAGACCCAGCCAUGGAGGCCCAGUUCGGCCUGGAGGGGCAGGUUGGCGGCAUCUUACCCGACCUCGACUCGCUUGGUGACUACCAGGUGCUCCAGUACCCUGGCCCCACCACAGAUCCCCAGCCGCCCUCCUCUUUCAGCCCGCCUCCCACCUCCCCAACCCACUCUCCACCUCCACCCAACGGCCUGGAUGCUCUCUCGCCCGGAACACCACUGGCAGACAACCACCAGCCCGUUCCAGAGGCGGAGCCGGCCAGCAUCAGCCCACCUCCUGCAUCCUGCGCUCCGGCUCCUUCAUCCCUGGAGCUGCUGGCUGCGCUGACGCCCGAGGCCUUCUCCAUGGAGGGAGGGGGGAAGGGAAAGCAGCGGGUGACCAAGCAGAGCUUCCUGCAGCCAGCGGAGGGUCAGGGUCUCCACGGGACUCGAGGGGAGGAAGGUGACGACCCGCUCAGUAGCCUGGACCCCCUCUGGAGCCUCAACAAGCAGUGAGAGUCCACAUAUCGCUGCCUUUCUCUCACUUUACCACCAGGCGUCAGCGAAGGCCUGUAGCUCUUUCUAAUCCUGCUUUUAAGAAGAAAACAGACUGAAUCCUGAGUGUGGGACAUUUUAGCGGUGUUGAUUACCAAGACGUGCCUGGUGGCAGACGGUAGGGGUUCAGUUUUAGGAGCAUCUCCAUUGGUUUAGGGGCGUGAUACCUGAAACACAAACGCACUUGCUUCUCUCUCUCCAUCACUGGUGGCUUCUGGGACCAGAUCACUAUGCACUCGUCUGUAUUCCUUUGAUUCCUUCUGUCGCUGUUUGCUGCUUUUCUUUCUACGUCUGUGAUGGAUUGAUGGAUGUUCGACACUUCAAAACAGCACCAGAUCUGGGCCUAAAAAGAAAAACAAUUUAAUCCCAGCAUGCACUCCACUUUCAUGGUCCACCUCUCUGCACGAGGCAUCACAGAGGUGUGAUGGUGUUCGGCUGCUCUGCGAACGUUUUAAUGACUGGAUGAACGGAUGCAUGGAGACACGGGCAGGCCAGAGGAGCCGGGUGGAGCCAUUUUGAAAAAGACACAAAAAAAAUCCCCUCGACUCAAUCAGUGCGUAUAGCUCAGUCGCCAUGGUAACACGGAGCAGCAUACAAAUCAGCACGUCUUAACAAGUUGAUUAUUUUUCUUCAUCUGUAACACUGUAAAUAUCUUAAAUAAAAAUUAGACUAUUCCAAAAAGUCCUUCUGGAAAUCGUUUCACUAAUCGUUCAUCACUGUACAAAUAAAUCAAAUAAAUCCAGUAGACGGACAA